AUGACCAUAGAUCCAACCUUCGAAGAGGUCACGGGCUGUCAACGUGCUCUAUUUGAAUGGGCAGACAGCUACGACACCAAAGACUGGGAUCGUCUCAAAGAAUGCAUCGCACCCACACUGAGGAUUGACUACCGGUCUUUCCUUGAUAAGAUAUGGGAAGCCAUGCCUAGUGACGAAUUUGUUGUGAUGGCAUCCGAUCCCCGAUUUUUGGGCAAUCCCCUGUUAAAAACUCAACACUUUGUUGGUCUCAGUGCAUGGAAAAAGACCAGUGAGGACGAAAUUGAAGGGACCCAUCAGCUGCGAGUUCCACACCAACGGUACACGGAUAUCACUUUGAAGGAAGUCGCUGUGAAGGGACAUGCUCAUGGUAUUGCCACUAUGUGGUACAGAAAGGUUGAUGGAGUGUGGAAAUUUGCAGGUGUUUGUCCUCAGAUUCGUUGGACAGAAUAUGAUUAUGACAAGGUGUUUGCCGAAGGCAAGGAGCAUUUUGGAGAGAGUGGUGAUAAAUCAGCUUAG